UCGACGGCAAUGUCUCAGGAUAGUGAUGAUUCAUCAGAUUCACAACCUCCUCCUAAUGUAGAAACAUUGACAGAGACUUUGACGGAAGAGACGGAAGCUUUUGCCACAAAGCUUAUUCAAAAUGUGAAAGCAUUUGUCAAUAGCACUACUACAUCUAGAGAUGAAGUAAGGGCUAUGGUCAGAUGCCUCAAGAUUUGCAUCCUAAAGUUUAACUCCUCUUUGGGGGAAGAGGGAUUAGCGGUUGAUAACUCGGUGGUUCAACCUAAGGCCAAAGACUCGGAGGGAAGAAACACGGACGAGUAUAGAGAAAACGCAAACGAACUUUUGAGGUUUCUGAAGAAUCAUACGUUGGAGUAUUAUCUAACUGCUUUGCAUCCUCUUCCUACAACUGCAACUAGCGAGGCAUUGAGAACUCUCCGCGUCAUCAGAUCCGAGGUGCGUGACUGUGAUAUUCUAAUCGAUAGAGUGAUGUUUGAAGGUUAUGAUUGCAUAACAACAAUAGAGGAUGAGGAAGAAGAAGAAGAAGAAGAAGAAGAUGAUGAGGAGGAUGAGAAAGAAGAUGAAGGUAUCUGA